GGUAGUUCAGAAUUUGAUGUUAAUUUUAGAUUCAGUUAUGAGAUACCACCUGCUUGUUUUUUUGAUUACAGCCAGAAUAAAAAUAUUAAACAAGCGUGUAAUACAGAAAUUGAACUCACAUUACUUCAAGAUACUAAGAUUCAGAAUAAAUUAGAAAUAUACAAUAUGGAGGUCUAUUCAAAAUUUAAUGAAGCUUGGGAUUUUCAUACAUAUAACUUUCCAACAUUAACUUUGCAAAGUAGUAGCAAAGAAUCAAGAAAUGAACAAUAUAAAAAUAAUAAUUAA